AUGGCAGGGGCAGGUCCCCCCGAGGACUGUCCCUCUCCCACACCGCAGGCCUCAGGUCCCCCUGUUCCUCAGGUCCCUCUGAGGGCUCUCCCUGUCCCCCCCACAGGUCGCCAUCCCCCAAAUCGCUCUGAGGGCUCUCCUCUUCCCCUGUCCCUCUGA